AUGGCGACCCGGAAGCCUCUCAGGCCCGAGUUCUUUGUCACUCGUCAGAAUGGCGCCAUGGUCCCACUGAUCGCCAUGGACGAGCUGCCCAUUCAUGUCCAGGUUGAGGGCGUUCCUCGAAGUCUCAGUGCCUUUGACACCGCUGGCAUGACCGGCGUUGGCGUCCGGGACGCGCGACACGAGUACUAUGUUAUCGAAAGCAUGAAUAACACCAAACCAAUCCCCUGGCACCCAAUUCGUCCGUCUGAGACCCCGAUCUCGAAUACGUCAAAGGUGAAUUCCCCUGUCUACGCCCCUUUGCUGCGCUCGACCACUCUGUCAACUCCCACCAUGUCGAAAGCUGCCGACAUCGCUGGAAAUGAGCCUAUGACCGCGCCUAGCAACACUGCCUCAUCUUCCAAUGUCUCGACCGAAGAGGAAAUCAAGUCAUCUCAAGCCACCACUCCGCCCACCAGUGCUGCUACAAACGUACCCCCGGUCACGACCACAGCACCCUUGACCCCUCUGGAAUGGCGAUCCAAGGCUGCGCCCGUCCUCUCCAGCAACAGUACCCUCGCCAACCCCGAAUCGGACAUGCCACCAUCGGGUCAGAAAGUGUACUGCUCAUACUGGAUGCGCCACGGCGAGUGCAACUUUGCGCAGCAGGGCUGCAUGUACAAGCACGUGAUGCCACUGAAGCUCGAGGUCCUCGAGGCGCUUGGCUUCCGCGACCUCCCAGACUGGUACCGCAAGGCGUACAAUGUGGGCAGCCUGCGCGUCAAUGGCGGGUGCAACGGUCUCAGCUACGGCAUCCUCGACGGCAACAAGCGCGUGCCGGCCCCGGCGCCCGCACCGCCCGCGCCGCCCGUCAAGCGCGCCAGUCUGAACGCGGAAGCCACCAAGCGCAUCAUUGCCUCGCACAUCAACGGCAACACGAGGGCCCGCCGACAACAAUACGGCGACAGACGCCCGCGACCAUCGGCCGGUCCGACCGCGGCGGACAUCGCAAAGGCCAGGGCCGAGGAGAGGGAGCGCCGCGACGUGCACCUGGCCGCGGCCUUUGCCGCCGACUUGGAUAGCGAUCUUGACGACAUGAUGGACGAGGAGAUGGAGAGGAUCCGCGAGAAGGAGCAGGCCGGCUGGGAGGAGGAACAAAAAGCCGCGAGAGAGGCGGCCUUGGACGUUGGCCACAAGGCCAAGGGCGGAGAGGCUGAGAGCGCCAAGGAGGUUGACAAGGUCGUCCCGGCUGUUGUCGCUGAUGCUGCGAUCCCUGCUGCUGCCGUCCCGACUGGAGCUCCUGCUCCCACGCCUGCCACUCCUGUCCCUGAUGCUGCUCCCGCUGUCGCCCCCGUUGCCACCGUCACCGAUGACGCCGUCACUGAUGCUGCGCCGACCACUGCCUCAGCUACCACCCCUGCUACCACGACUGCUACUACUGUAGCGGCUCCUGCUGUUGUGGUCCCUGCCGUUCCGGUUGUUGCUGUUCCAGCUGCUAUCCCAGCUCCUGCCCCUAGCACCCCGACCCCUGCGAGUCCUGCUGGUGGAUCAAGCACCAUGGUUGAAGACGGGAAGAGACGAAGCCGUGGCGGCGGCGGCAAAUAUACCAACCGGAAGAAGCAGCAGGGAAAACAGCGAAGUAUCCUGAACUGGCGUCCCUCGAACAACAACGGCCUGUGA